AUGAAACGAAGAAAUGCGACAAAUACGAGAAAUGAAGACAGCGAUGAAAAUAGCGAUGAAAUUUAUGAUGAAAUUGAUCGCUUUCAUAUGCAGUCUUAUGAUGGAUUAAACGAGUCUAAACUCAAAGAGAGUAAAGUAGAAGAAAUUUUGAACGUAGAAGGAGAUUUAUCCGAAAACGAUACACUCGACGAAGAAAACGAUUCAUUAUUCGAUUCAGAUGAUAAUGAUGUCGAAAAAAGAUUUUUGCCUUCAACUGAAGAAUGGGGAGCGAAUCGUAAAAACUAUUAUAGCACUUCGUACGUUGAUGAUGACUGGGGAGGAAUGAAUGAAAAUGAGAUAGAAGUGGCUGAAUUAGAAGAACAAGAUGCAAUAAUGAGGCAGAAAAAGAUGGAUACUGCACUGCAGUUAUGUAGUUAUUUCCAGGUUAGUGAAGAUGAAGAUGAGAAAAAAGAUUUAUCAAGCGCAAUCAGUUUGGAUGAAAUGAAUGAGGAAGGAUUAUUUAAAUAUUUUCUAAAAUAUAAUCCUGAAUUCAAUGUAAUUUUAGAAGAAUAUUCUCGAAAGAUUAUUGUAUUGAGAGGCAAGAACUCGAGAUUGAUUUUAAUUCGAGUUCUUAUUCCAUUACUUAAUGGCAUCAAGGAAAUAGAUAAUGGAACGGAAACUGUUCUUGGACAACAAGUGCUUAUAGCUGUAUCUUUUUUCAGCUAUCUUUUAAAUAUUCUUUUCUACUGUCAUUUAAAACUCACCACAAAAUUAUCAGUUAAAAAAAAUUACCUCGAUGAUCAUCCUGUUCUCGACAAUAUUAUGAUGCAGAAAAAGAUGAUAGAAAAAGUUGGUGAUUUUUUGGCUAACAAUCAAAAAGCAUUAGGGAAGCUACAACGAUUAAUGGAAAAAAAACAGCCAUUCAUUCACAUUUUUGAACUUUCUGAUGAUAUUAGCAAUCACAGCAAGAAAGAUUCAUAUCAGCACGAAUCAAAUAACCCCGAAGAAUUGAAGAAAGAAAUAUUGCUUAAAGAAGAAAAUUUCGGAAAACGUGGGAUCACAUCUCAGAUUCAAAAGAAUCGCGGUUUGUCUACAUUCAGAAAGAAAGGUACACAACACUCACGAGUCAAAAAAAGGAAACAAUUCAAGAAGGCUUUACUUAAAAAACGUUCACAGCGGCCUGAUAUCCGAGAUCAGUACUCACCGUACGGUGGGGAGCCUCGGGGAAUUAGGGCAUCUACCUUCAAAACCUAUUCGAACUAUAUUCGAUUUAUUAAUGAAAAACGAGAUGAUAAGGAUGCUUUAACCGAAUAUGUACCGAAAAGGCAAAACAAAUGA